CAGACCUGAGCAGCACUCCACACUCCUGUUCCUGGAUCCCUUUUCCGGAGCCCUGGGCACAGCGUGCCCCCGCCCAGUCCAGUGACCUUCGCCUGUCUGAGCCCUGGUUAAUUUUUGCCCAGUCUGCUGGCUUUGGGGCUCCUCCCCCUCAAGGAUAUAAGCCUGGCCCAAGGCUGCUCCAUUCUCUGCCGGUCCUGAGCCGCCCCAGCUCCCUGCCCUCCCUCACCAUGGCCAAGGGCUUCUAUAUCUCCAAGUCCCUGGGCAUCCUGGGCAUCCUUCUGGGUGUGGUGGCUGUGUGCACCAUCAUUGCCCUGUCUGUGGUGUAUACCAAUGAGAAGAACAAGAAUGCAGAGAACUCCAGCUCGGAGCACCCCGCCUCAGGCUCCAUCAGCCCCACCUUGGCCACCACCUCAGCUACUACCUUGGAUGAAAACAAACCUUGGAACAGAUACCGCCUCCCCGAGACACUGAUACCUGAGUCCUACAGGGUGAGGCUGAGGCCCUACCUCACCCCCAACGACCAGGGCCUGUACAUCUUCCAGGGCAGCAGCACCGUCCGCUUCACUUGCGUGGAGGCCACCAAUCUCAUCCUCAUCCAUAGCAAGAAUCUCAACUACACCUCCCAAGGGCACCUGGUGACUCUGCGGGGCGUAGGAGGCUCCCAGCCCCCUGAAAUCGAUAGGACCGAGCUGGUCGUGCUCACUGACUACCUGGUGGUGCACCUGAAUGGCUACCUGACGGUAGGCAGCCAGUACGAGAUGGACAGCGAGUUUGUGGGGGAGCUGGCCGACGACCUGGCGGGCUUCUAUCGAAGCGAGUACACGGAUGGGAAUGUCAAAAAGGUGGUGGCCACAACUCAGAUGCAGGCCGCAGAUGCCCGGAAAUCCUUCCCCUGCUUUGACGAGCCGGCCAUGAAGGCCACGUUUAACAUCACGAUCGUCCACCCCAAGGACCUCACCGUUCUGUCUAACAUGCUACCCAAAGGUCCCAGUGUCCCACUUGAUGAAGAUCCUGCCUGGAACGUCACUGAGUUCCACCCCACGCCCCGGAUGUCCACGUACCUGCUGGCCUACAUCAUCAGCGAGUUUACCCCUGUGGAGGAAGAAACUCAGAACGGAGUCCUGAUCCGUAUCUGGGCUCGGCCCAGUGCAACCACGGAGGGCCACAGUAAUUAUGCCCUGAAUGUGACAGGCCCCAUCUUGGACUUCUUUGCCCAGUAUUAUAACACAUCCUACCCACUAGAAAAAUCCGACCAGAUCGCCCUGCCCGACUUCAACGCGGGUGCCAUGGAGAACUGGGGGCUGGUGACUUACCGGGAGAAUUCCCUGCUGUUCGACCCGCUGUCCUCUUCCAUCAGCAACAAGGAGCGGGUGGUCACUGUGAUUGCUCAUGAGCUGGCCCACCAGUGGUUUGGGAACCUGGUUACCGUGGCCUGGUGGAAUGACUUGUGGCUGAACGAGGGCUUUGCCUCCUACGUGGAGUACCUGGGUGCUGAUUAUGCAGAACCCAGCUGGAAUCUGAAAGACCUCAUAGUGGUGAAUGAGGUGUACCGUGUGAUGGCCGUGGAUGCACUGGCCUCCUCCCACCCACUGUCCUCCCCUGCCGAUGAGGUCAAUACACCCGCCCAGAUUAGCGAGCAGUUUGACACCAUUGCCUACAGCAAGGGAGCUUCAGUCCUCAGGAUGUUGUCCAGCUUCCUGACUGAGGAAGUAUUCAAGGAGGGUCUGGUGUCCUACCUCCAUGCCUUUGCCUAUAGUAACACCAACUACCUGGACCUGUGGGAACACCUGCAGAAGGCUGUGGGAAACCACACACCACCCCUCAACCUUCCUACCACCGUGAACAACAUCAUGGACCGAUGGACCCUGCAAAUGGGCUUCCCUGUCAUCACUGUGGAUACCAACACUGGGUCCAUCUCCCAGAAGCACUUUCUCCUUGACCCCGAGUCCAAUGUCACCCGCCCCUCAGAGUUCAACUACCUGUGGUUCGUGCCCAUCUCGUCUAUUAGAAAUGGUAGAGAACAGACAGAAUACUGGCUGGAGGACACCAAGGAAGCCCAGGACGAGCGGUUCAAAACGGAGGCUGAUGCCUGGGUCCUGCUGAACAUCAACGUGACGGGCUAUUACCAGGUGAACUAUGACAGUAACAACUGGAGGAAGAUUCAGAAUCAGCUGCAGUCAAAUUUGUCGGCCAUCCCUGUCAUCAAUCGGGCCCAGGUCAUCUACGACUCCUUCAACCUGGCCAGUGCCCAAAUAGUCUCUGUCACUCUGGCGCUCAACAACACGCUCUUCCUGAUCAAAGAGAGAGAGUACAUGCCCUGGCAGGCCGCCCUGAGCAGCCUGAGCUACUUCCAGCUCAUGUUCGACCGCUCCGAGGUCUAUGGUCCCAUGCAGAAAUACCUGAGGAAGCAGGUCCAACCCCUCUUCGAUCACUUCAAAAAUGUCACUAACAACUGGAAGGAGCGCCCUCAAAGCCUGACAGACCAGUACAACGAGAUUAAUACCAUUAGCACUGCCUGCACCAAUGGAAUUCCAGAGUGUGGGGAGCUGGCCUCGAGCCUCUUCGCUGAGUGGAUGGCACAACCUGAUAACAACACGAUCCACCCCAAUCUGCGGUCCACGGUCUACUGCAAUGCCAUCGCCCAGGGUGGGGAGGAGCAGUGGGACUUUGCCUGGGAGCAGUUCCAAAAGGCCACCCUGGUGAAUGAAGCUGACAAACUCCGCUCAGCCCUGGCCUGCAGCAACAAGGUGUGGAUCCUGAACAGGUACCUGAGUUACACCCUGAACCCUGAUCUCAUCCGGAAGCAGGAUGCCACCUCCACCAUCAACAGCAUUGCCAGCAACGUCAUUGGACAAACUCUGGCCUGGGACUUUGUCCAGAGCAACUGGAAGAAGCUCUUUGAGGAUUACGGUGGUGGCUCCUUCUCCUUCUCCAGCCUCAUCCAGGGAGUGACCCGACGAUUCUCCACUGAGCGUGACCUGCAGCAGCUGGAGCAGUUCAAGCAAGACAACAUGGACAUUGGCUUUGGCUCAGGCACCCGGGCCCUUGAGCAAGCCCUGGAGAAGACAAAAACCAACAUAAAAUGGGUGAAUCAGAACAAGGACGAGGUCCUCAAGUGGUUCACAGAGAACAGCGAAUAGUCCCUGGUCCUUGAAGCCACCUGGCUCCCAUGCAAGAUGCCCAUGUACAUCUGUCCCAGCAGCCUGUGGCAAGGCCUCCCAUUCCCAGAAUCUGAGCCACCAGUGUCCUCCCCUCAAGGACAAAGUCUCCAGCCCACAUUCUCUCCACUCCGCCAAGGGGGCCAGUCGAGCUCCUGAUGGCCAGGUUAUUUGAGCACCUCCCAGGCACUGCCCUUUGUGCCAACCCCACCCCAGCCCUGGCAUGGCGGCCUGAUGUCCAGGGCCCUGCAGCUGAUCUCAGGGAAGCCCAGCUCCAGGGCUAGAUGAGCAGAAGCCCUUGAUGGACAUGAUGGACGGCCUUGGGGGCAGGGGGUGCUGCACCUUUUCUCACCAUCCCAUAAAGGCCGUGGCA